AUGGCAGAAGUCAGUGAUAGCCCUGUGCCUGUGACGCCACCUGUGGAUGAGGAGAGGUCCACAGCGCUCCAAGAGGACAGUAAACCUGGGGAGGGCGAAUCAUCAGACCCCACCAUGUAUCGCUACAUCAAAAACGACCUCUUUACCUCUGAGAUCUUUAAGGUGGAGAUUCGAAACCUGCCUAAAUUUACAGGGUUUAAUGAUCUGAAAAAGUUUUUGGCCAAGCACAACCUCAACCCGCACAAAAUCAAGCUAUUUGGAAAGCAGACGUUUGCUUUUGUGACCUUUAAAAAUGAAGAGGAGCGAGAUAAGGCAAUGAAGUUGGUGCAUGGGAUGCAGUGGAAAGGCCAAGUGUUAAGUGUUAGGCUGGCGAAGCCCAAAGCAGACCCCAUCAUGAGAAAGAGGAAGCAGGAGGAGACUGAGGGGCCUCCAUCGAAGAAGGCAGAGGGAGAAGAAGAGAAGGAGGAGGAACUGAGUGUCCAGAUCGCCAAUGUGGUCACGCCGCUAUGGAAUAUACCCUAUGAGGAACAGCUCCGCAGGAAAGAGCAGGAGGUGGUGUCUGUGCUGCAGAGACUGGCCAAGGAGAUUGGCAACACCAACAAAGCCAUGUUACCGUGGCUGUUUGCACAAAAGGGAAAAUAUAACAACAUGUGCUGCCCAUUGGAAGAUAUCCGUCCUUCCCCUACCCAGAGGGAGUACAGAAACAAGUGUGAAUUCCUGAUUUCAAUGGGGGCAGAUGGAGAGGACAAAACUAUAGGAUUUCGACUGGGAAAAUAUAAAGGAGGCUCUUGUGCCGUGGUCGGUCCAGCUGAGACCAGUCACGUCUCAGCCGAGGCCAAAAGAGUGGUCCGUGAGUUCCAGAAGUUCAUCAGGACAACUACUUAUUCAGUGUACAGCCCAGAGACUUACGAAGGGCACUGGAAGCAACUAACAGUUCGAACUACAAGGACAGGACAAGCUAUGGCGGUAGCUUUCUUUAAUCCACAGAAACUCGAGGAGACUGAACUGGACACUUUGAAAAGCUCCAUGAAAAAGUACUUCAUGGAGGGAGAGGGGAAAGAGGGCGGCAUCACAUCGCUUUACUUUGUCAGAGAAGGGCAAAGGACAUCUCCUAACCCUGAAGACUUGCCCUGUGAGCUGGUGGGCGGAGAGAGCUGCAUUUUUGAAGAGCUUUUGGGACUCAAGUUUCGAAUCUCACCACAUUCAUUUUUCCAGGUGAACACGGGAGCGGCAGAGGUGCUGUACUCUACGGUUGGAGAGUGGGCCCAGUUGGAUGAGAACAGCACACUCUUGGAUGUUUGCUGUGGGACCGGGACCAUUGGGAUAUCUUUAGCAAAGAGGGUGAGAAAGGUGAUAGGCAUUGAGCUUUGUCAAGAGGCAGUGGAGGAUGCCAAAGUCAAUGCAAAACUUAAUGGUCUGAGUAAUAUUGAAUUUCAUUGUGGCAAGGCUGAGGAUGUGUUCCCCAGUAUCCUGAGUGGUCUUGUUACAUCCAACCUCACCGCAAUUGUGGAUCCACCAAGAGCAGGCUUGCAUUCCAAAGUGGUCCUUGCUAUUCGAAGAGCAGAGCACCUGAAGAGGCUGGUCUACGUUGCCUGCAAUGCAAAAGCUGCUAUGACCAACUUCAUUGACCUGUGCCGGGCCCCUUCAAACAGAGUCCACGGAGCCCCCUUCCGGCCGGUGAAGGCCCUAGCCGUGGAUUUGUUCCCCCAGACGAUGCACUUUGAGCUGGUUCUACUUCUGGAGCGAGUGGGAUAUGAAAGCAAACCACCAGAGGACAGUGGCAGUCAGCACCAGCAGCAGCAGCCAGGGUCAUAG